AUGGCUUGUGAUCCAACUCUACAGUUUUUAAAGAAAGCAAUCUUGGAUGGCUUCCCAGAUACAAAGGAAAAACAACCAGCAGCCAUUCACAAGUACUUUGAAAUCCGAGAUGAGCUCUCAGUACAUGGUGGUGUAAUAUUCAAGGGCCAGCGAUGCAUCAUAACGUAAACCCUGAGACAAAAGGUCGAGCAGAAGCUACACGACUCCCAUAUUGGGUCGCAAGGCUGUUUAUGCAGAGCACAGGAGACAGUAUACUGGCCAGGCAUGAAUGCCAAAAUCACUGACUACAUCCAGAAAUGCGACGUCUGUAUGUCACUUCAGAAAAACCAGACCAAGGAACGACUGUCAAGAGCCCACAUCAAGGCCCUGAGAGAAAGUUGACACUGACAUAUUCACACUCGAUGACAAGAAUUAUCUCUGCACAGUAACUACUACUCUAGGUACUUUGAAGUGGAUCAGUUACAUGGCAAAACAGGAACUGUCAUCAUAAAGAAACUUAAGAAACAUUUUGUCACACAUGGAAAACCUAAUGAAUUGCUAAGUGGCAAUGAGCCACCCUUUAACUCUGCAGAAUUUAAGAACUUUUUGAGAUCAUCUGGGACUGCGCAUGUAACCAGCUCCCUAGGCUACCCCCAAAGCAAUGAACGAGUAGAAAACGCAUUCAAGACUGCAAAGAGCUUAAUCAAGAAAGUCAAAGCAACGGGAGCCGAUUAUUUUUUUCUUCUACUAAGCUGGAGAAACACCCCAAUGGAGGGGCUGAGCACCUCGCCAGCUUGGCGUAUGUUUGGGCAACGUAUGCGAACCCACCUUCAAGGAGCUCUCGCCAUUGGUGAAAGGCAAGACAGUCAGAAUAAUGCCACUUCCCCAUGACAAGAGCCAGACAUGGUUCAAAGCAGAAAUAGAAGAACUAGCAGAUGUGCAAUCUUAUAAAGUGAAGACAGAAGAUGGGAGAAUCCUCCGCAGAAACCGUAGACAUCUCUGCAGGAGCAGAGAGCCAUUAUACAGCUCACAACCUACCAAGGCUCCUGUAGCGUUGCAAGCCCCGUAUAUGGCAGCCUCUCCAGAGAAACUGCAAAGACCUCAGCCAACAGAGGGUCAGUCAUUCCCAACAGUGCCAGCUCAGGGGGACCAGUCUAAACAGCCAAACAAAACCCCUAUUGCAAUACCUAGCAAGGCCUAA